AUGGCUGUGGCAAAGUCCGUGCUUGUAUCCAACAAGCACCCUUGGAUCAUGUACCACUUGUGGAUGUAUAAAAUAACCGAGUUUUCCAACCCGCUUGAGCGCGAGUCGCAUUACGUACGGCUGUCCGGGAUAAAGUACAGACUCGUCUGUUACUGCAAGGACCGCUGGUUGUUGCUCUACAGCCUGUACACUCAGAAGGCCGUUGAAUUGCCGCAAAUGGAUUUUCCGAGUAAAUUAGCCGCCUUUUCAGCCGCGCCAAAUACUCUCGGCUGCAUUGUGAUUGCGCUAAUGCAGCUUCAGCCCCAUGUGAUUGCAAUCAGCACAUAUCGCCCCGGGGAUGAAGCAUGGACUGUCAACCAUUUCAAGAAUGCGGAACCGUUCGUCAGCAGCAAUCCGAAUCAAUGGACUUUUUGCAACGGACGCUUCUAUUGUCUUAGCCAAAGCGGCCAAUUGGGAUGUUACGAUCCCGAUAAUAGUGCCUGGUCCGUCCUCCCCUUGGAACGGCCAGAGUGUAUAAGGGCAAACCCGCUCGACUAA